AUGGCAGUCGGUUGGACGGAGUCACACGGCAAGCUCGGACAAUUCAUCAUUCGUUCGUGCACGGAUUUGAUCCAUGCAACAGUUGCCCAAUGCUUCCGGGUAUUGAUUUUGCCUGAGGGUGUUUUGGUGAAAAUAUCCGAAAGCAAACGGAAACUGGAAUUGAAAAUCCAUAGAAAAGCUGGCACACCUGUUUCAAACUUGUUCCAUAUCAGGAAUAUGGCAAAUCCAUCUGUACCAGUUNUAAGCACUGAAUUUCAAGGUGGUGAUGGUGGUGGUGGUGGUGGUGGUGGUGAUGGUGGUGGUGGUGGUGGUGGUGGUGGUGGUGAUGGUGGUGGUGGUGGUGGUGGUGGUGGUGGUGGUGGUGGUGGUGGUGGUGGUGGUGGUGGUGGUGAUGGUGGUGGUGGUGGUGGUGGUGGUGGUGGUGAUGGUGGUGGUGGUGGUGGUGGUGGUGGUGGUGAUGGUGGUGGUGGUGGUGGUGGUGGUGGUGGUGAUGGUGGUGGUGGUGGUGGUGGUGAUGGUGGUGAUGGUGGUGGUGGUGGUGGU